AUGGGGCGCCACUGCAGCGCACCGCGCAGGGAGUGGCACUUCGGCGUCAACCAUCUGGGGCACUUCGCGCUCUACCGGGCCGUGCGCGGCCUGCUACCCCAGGAGGACUCCCGGGUGAUCUCCGUCACCUCCUCGGCGGCCCUCGACGCCGAGCUCGUGCUCGAUGACCUCGCCUGGGAGAGGCGGGAGUACGGGCGGCAUGCCGCGUACAGCACCUCCAAGGCGUGCAACGUGCUCUUCGUGGACGAGCUGGCCCGGCGGGCGGCAGAGGGCCUCGUGUGGCUGGCGGAGGCCCCAGAGGCCAUGGGGCUGAGCUCGGCGGCGCGCGGGGGGGGGCCCUCAGGGGUCGAGGGGGGUCCCAGGCGUCGUUGCGCCGUGAAAAAAUUGCGUAUUCGAUGGCGGCGAAGCGUUACUAUACGGUUCCGGCGAUGCGCCCAAUAUGCUUUCACUAGGAUUUUCCCGCUUGUGGAAUAUGGAGAAGUUGAGCAUGGCGGCUGCGAGUGCAUGCGAUACAAUCGUCGCCUGUAUCAGGCGGAUCUGCACGAUUUGAUGCAUCCCGGGGUGAAAGCUGUAUCUAAUGAGACCGGACACGUUGCGACGCACAUGACGUUUUAG